ACGCCCAUGGAGAAGCAGCAACACCGUCUGUGGAUCGGUUCGUUUUGCAGCCUAGGUGUAUAGCAGGCUUUAUUUCACGUCCAAACGCAGGAGAAGGAAUGGCGCCCCCGUGAAAAGGUCAAUAUGUCUACAAAAGGACAUCUACAGGUUUGUCAACAUAGAUCCCUGAUGUUUUCAGUCUGCUGCCAGUCUGUUUAGUUAGUUAACCCAUCUCUUCCUGGAUCAGACCACCCCGCUAAUCACCCUGCUGCACGACACCCUGAGACCCCCCUCAGACCCCUGGCCAAUCGCUGGCUCUGAACAGAGUUGCCAUGGACACUGAGUCUAUCCAGUCUGGCUACUCCAGCCACUCCAACAGAUCCAACAGACAUGGGGAGCAGAGUCGGCGUGAGCAUCGUAAGCUUAGCAGUAAGGACAGUAGCCGGUCGGAGAGGUCUGUCAUCAACACCCCCGACGGGCUCACUCAGGCCUCCCCCACCCACAACAAUGAGCCCCUGCUGAAAGAACCCAUCUCCGUGACUGUAGACGAGGCUCCGAGCCUCCAGGAUGAUAACUGGGGGGAGACCACCACGGCGGUGACCGGCACCUCAGAGCUCAGUCUAUCCCAGGAGGAGGUGGUUGGUCUGUGGAAGGUACCGGACGACGGCCAGAGGCAGGGCUGUCGGCUCUACACUCCCCUGAUUCUGGGCAUCUGUGUGGGGCUAGUGGUCCUGGCCACCCCCCUGGCCUUCCUGGUCCUCCCGGCAGUGUUGUGGCCAGCCAGGCUGCAGGCCUGUGGCUCUGCCUGUGAGGGCCUCUUCCUCUCUGUGUCCUGUAAACUCCUCAUUCUCCUGCUUGCUGUAUGGGCUAUCUUCCUGCGCCAGGCCAGUGCCAGCCUGCCCAGAGUGUGUGUGUAUCGAGCCCUCCUGGCCACGCUCACGCUGCUGCUCACACUCUCCUACUGGCUGUUCUAUGGGGUCCGCAUCCUCGACUCACAGGAUGAGGACUACCAAGGUAUCGUCCAGUUUGCUGUGUCUCUGGUGGACUCUCUGCUGUUUGUCCACUACCUGGCCAUCGUGCUGCUGGAGAUCAGACAGAUUCAGCCCUGCUACAGCCUGUGUGUUAUACGCUCCACUGACGGGGAGACAAGCUGCUUCAACCUGGGACAGCUCAGUAUUCAGAGGGCAGCUCUGUCUCUGCUAGAGUUCUACUACAGAGACUUUCCUCUUCAUAACCCCGCCCUUCUCUCCGCCUCCAAGCACCGUGCCGCCAAGCACCUGGCUGGCCUCAAGGUCUACUCCGUGGAUGGCCCAGCGAACCCGGCGGAGCCGGCAGAGGGGUCGGGGGGACUGGCGGUGGGGGGCAAGUCUCGGACCAUGAUCUCUGCAGCAGCCAGGCACAAAAACACAUCUCAUAACGAGCUAUACUACGAAGAGGCAGACUAUGACAGACGGGUCUGCAAACGCAGAGCCAGGCUAGUGGUGGCUGUAGAGGAGGCCUUCAUGCAUGUGAGGAGGAUGCAUCAGGAGGAGAAGAAAGUGUCCCCCGGGGAUGUGAUGGAUGUACGGGAGGCCGCCUCGGCCAUCUUCCCCUCCAUGGCCCGCGCCCUGCAGAAAUACCUCCGAACCACCAGGAGGCAGCACUGCCACAGCAUGGACAGCAUCCAGAGACACCUGGCCUUCUGCCUCACACACAACAUGAGCCCCAAGGCAUUCCUGGAGGCCUACCUGUCCCCUGGUCCUACGCUGCAGUACGGUCAAGAGCGCUGGAUGGCCGAUCAGUGGACUUUGGUCAGCGAGGCUGCGGUCACCAGCGGUCUAAAGGAGGGCAUGGUCUUCUCCCUUAGGUGUCUAGACUUCAGCCUAGUGGUCACGGUCAAGUCCAUCCCCUACAUUCGAAUGACCGAGGAGUACGUUGACCCCAAGUCACACAAGUUUACCCUGUGUCUCCAAUCUGAAACAUCAGUCUAACAGACACGGAAAACUGUGGCUAUUCUAGAAUUACAGUAUCUUACCAUUUUGGUAUGUUUUUUGUGUUAUGUUUCUUAAACCCUUUUCUACUUUGAUAUGCUCUUAUUGUGGUAUUUUGUGUCUCUUAAAUGAUUUAAAUGACUGUUUUUUCUAAAGAUUGUUUUAGCUGCUUUGCAAUUUUUAAUUUUUUUAUUGUAUGUGUUUUUAUGAACAGAUGCACAUGGGAUAUUGCAAGAGGAAGUGUUAGCAUAGUUAAUAAAACCUAUGGAUCCCCAGCAUAUAGCUCCUUUGCAGUGAAGAUGAGAGAGAUAGUAAGAGAUGGGCAAUAUGCUCUGAUUUCUAUUGUCCUAAGGCAAACUGGAACACUGAAUUAUGUCAAGGUUUUUUCUAUGCACUGUAGAUGAUCUGUGUGUGUGUGUGUGUGUGUGUGUGUGUGUGUGUGUGUGUGUGUGUGUGUGUGUGUGUGUGUGUGUGUGUGUGUGUGUGUGUGUGUGUGUGUGUGUGUGUGUGUGUGUGUGUGUGUGUGUGUGUGUGUGUGUGUGUGUACAAGCUGCAUCUACACACAAUCUGGCUCUACAUGUGCCUGUCUCUGGAUCCUCCCUAGGGUUGCUAUAGCAACAGUGAGUAUUUUCAUAUCGUCUGCCCUACUAAUAUGAAUGAAAUACUACCUAAUCACCAACAGUUCAGGUUCAGUUGUCUCAAAGUAAAGACUGCUUGUCUUUACAGCCAAUGGAUUCCACAUGUGUUUGUAUUUAUUUAAACGUGUGGGUUAUUUCCAUUUAAUUGAUAAGUGUCUUACUUGUCUGACUGCCCACAGUUAUGUUCAGUCAUUGUACUACCCAGGAUUCCUAGACAUAUCUGUAAGAGGUUGUCAGAAUCUGUUGUACUCAAACCCAAAGCGGGCUAUUGCUAGAUCCUGUCCUCUAACCAUGAACUCACAGUUGAGAAAACAAACAGGGUGGGAGGGAGAGAGAGCCUUUAUACAGACAUAUUCUAUACUUUUGGCAUGUAAUGAGAAGACAUAUGCAAUAGAUUUGUGUCUUAUCUCCAGAUGAAAUAAAUCUAUUAUUACAUUUCUACAGAACCUAACCCUUAAAGCUAAGUGAAACAGGUUGAGGCUCAAGUUUUUCCAUCUUCAGAUAUAAGAGAAAACAAGUAGCUGUGGUAAUGUACUUUGUUCCAGACAUGACUGACUGAUCUGAUACCACUAAUCAAUAUCCCAUUUUUUACUGGUCACAUACACAUAUUUAGAAGAUGUUAUAGCGGGUGUCGUGAAAUGCUUGUCUAUCUCCAGGACUGCAUGCACAUAUGUACAUGUCCUGGAACUGAUUCCAAUAGGCCCAGGUGAUACAUUUCUAUUGUCUUUUUUUUAAACAUUUGGAUAUUGGACACGGUAUAUUCCUCAGUAUUGAUGUGCAGACAACAGUCUCCUCAUAGUGAGGGAUCUCUACAUUCACAACAGAAGCUGUAGUGCCAUCUAGCCACAACUAGUAGUACUACCACUGCUUUGGGAUUUUUAUACUAAUCUGUGGAUAGUAUUUAUUUUUAUAUUGAAUUGUUUUUAUCCAAAUCUUCCCUAUUACAUGUGCUUAUUUUUCAAGACUAUGAUAAUUCAAUUGUUAGCAAUUGUAUUAUCAUUGUUGUCACUAAAAAGUUAAAUGUUGAGGAUUUUAUAGUGUUGAAAUCAUGGUUGUGAAUUUUGUUUGAAUACUGUUCGAAUUCAUCCUUUAUUCCUUGUUUUCUUGAGGUAAUCUCAAGUCAUAAGUGUUGGAUAGAUUGCCUACCAAUGCUUUCCCUCAUACAACCAAUUCAGAUAUGUAACUACUUCAAGGAAGGGAGAAAGGAAGUAUUCGAAUGGGGCCUUUGUCUCCUGUUAUGUAUCCUUCACUACAAAGGUGCCUAUGUUUUGAAACACAUAUGAUGUAUGCUCAACUUGUUUGUGUUAUUGUAUGCAAUCAUUUUUGUCCAAUAGUGUGUGUGUGUGUGUGUGUGUGUGUGUGCACGCGCCAGCCAUCCUAGAUU